CAUCGGACUUUCCAUCCCGCUUUGUCAAGAGCGUUGGGAAACUUCUUGAAACGAUAUAUGCCAUGCCUCUCCCCGCCUGGCCGUUCUAUCUUCUCAUCCCAACGUUCAUUUUGCUCCACUUGUUCGUUUCGCCAUACACGAAAGUUGAAGAGUCAUUUAAUCUCCAAGCUAUACACGAUAUAUUGAUCCAUGGCAUCCCUACAGAAAACGCCGACCAAUUUUUAACUUCAAACUAUGACCAUGUUUCGUUUCCUGGUAGCGUGCCGCGUACCUUCGCUGGUGCGUUGUUGUUGAGUGGACUUUCAAGACCGUGGGUUGCACUGUUGAACUCUACUACGCAGUUGCAGCUGCUGGUCAGAGGGGUGCUUGGUCUGCUCAACGCAUUCGCUCUCAUCGCGUUCGGGAGAAGCGUGCAAAGAGCAUUUGGAACGAGCGCAGGCAUAUGGUAUGCUAUGUUCCAAGCAAGCCAAUUCCAUGUCGUCUAUUAUGCUUCGCGAACGUUGCCAAACAUGUUUGCUUUGGUAUUCAGCAAUCUUGCAUUACGAAGUCUGCUCAAUGCAUAUGCCCUUCCGUGGAACCGUCAAGGUGUCUCAAGAGGCUAUAGACUAAGUCUAUAUUUGCUCACUAUUGCCGGUAUCGUCUUUCGCUCUGAGCUAGCUAUUCUAGUCGGGACUAUUACACUGUACCUGUUCGUCACGCAAAGAAUCUCCAUCACCGGCGUCAUCAUCCCUGCUGGGCUCGGAGGACUCAUCAUAGGCCUCUUAUGCACAGUGCCUUUAGACUCUUUCUUUUGGCAGUCUUUCCCUUUAUGGCCCGAAUGGACCGGGUUCUACUAUAAUACCAUCCAAGGACGCUCGGCAGACUGGGGUAUCUCGCCAUGGCACUACUACUUUGCGAAUGCGCUUCCACGACUACUCUUAAAUCCAACAACCUAUCUGUUCUGCAUUCCAGUUGCUGUCUUGAAUGCAGCAACUCGUAGACGAAGCCUCGACCUACUCAUCCCUCUGCUAAGCUUCAUAGGCUUUUACAGCUUGCUCCCACACAAAGAGUGGCGAUUCAUCAUCUACGUUGUCCCGGGGCUGACGGCCAUAGCUGCGGUAGGCGCAUCCUGGAUCUGGACACGAAGAGGCAAGUCGCUGAUCUACAGUGCUCUGAGCUUGGUUCUCGCUGCCUCCGUUUUAGUGUCCUUUUCGGUAUCGACUGCCAUUCUAGGAAUGUCCAGUCUCAACUAUCCUGGGGGCGAGGCCUUAAAUGUACUACAUAAUGGGAUUCGACACCCCCCAAAACAACACUUUGAUGUCUACUUUGAUAAUCUCGCAUGUCAGACGGGCGUCACGCGCUUCCUAGAGAGCCAUAGCAGACCGCAGACAAUAUUCGAUGUCUUAGAAGCAAAAAACACCAUAGGGAACCGAACAUGGGCAUACGACAAGACAGAAGAUCCUACAACCCUUCAUGAUCCAAUGUUUUGGGCCAAGUUCGACUAUGUUCUUGCUGAAAGACCGGAGAAAGUGAUCGGCAGCUGGGCUGUUGUACACGUUGUGUAUGGCUUUGGUGGAGUCAGGCUACUGAAACCUGGUGAAGAGAGCGGCUCGCCAAUGGAGCCAUUAUACAAUAAUAAUGGCAAGGUUGCUGUCGAUGAGGGCUGGGCAUGGAAAGUUGCAAAUGUAUGGCGUGGGUUGGAAGAGCUAUUAAGGGAUUCAGUCUUGCGAGGCAACUGGGCUGAAAUAAGGAUGGAGCCUAGGAUCCGGAUAUUGCAGAACCAGAUGAAGUAGACAUCAGAUACAAAGCAUGAAUGUGGUCCAGAUC